AUGCAGCGCAUUACCCUGCUAGCCGCCAUUACUUUCUGCGCGGUAAUCAACGCUGCCGAAGCCGCCGUGCAUACCCAAGAAGGUCUCAACUCAAAGAUUCCUACUCCCGACAGCGAAAGUACUAGGCUCCUGAGAGCGCACGAGGUGGCAGAUAACGGCAAGGAUGCCGGUCUCCCUGCAGACGACGAAGAACGAGGGGCUAAUGCGGGGUGGGUAUCAAGACUCGCCGAUAUAGACCGAAAGACGUGGAAGAUGCGAAAGCUCGACAUGAAGCUGGCUGAGAAGACUUGGAUCUCGAUUGGGUGGGACCCCGUGGAGAUAUUCAAGUAUUUCAAUCGCUUCAACGCCUGGGCGAAUAUUGAAAACAGCAAGAGGACCAUCCAGUGGUUCAGGUUCACGAAAGCCUACAGAGCCAAGAAGGGGGUUGGUAGCUUCCCGGACUACGAGAUCUACCAUUUGCUGCGCAGCAAAGUCCCAGAGGAAAAGUUGGCGCUAGCUUUGGAAUCGCUGAAGCAAAUACCGGACGUGAAGAAUCUCGCGGAGACCGUGCAGAACUAUCAGCUCAAGCUCUGGGUCGACCGAAAAGAAACUCGCACCAGUAUCGCCAAGCUGCUUGGUAUUCCUCACAGUCCGACCAUGGUAACGGAGCGCGGCCCGAAAGAUGAGAUUCUGAGCCAUUUCAGCAACAUAUUACUUGGGAGCGAAAAGAAGCUGACCAGAAGCACAUCGAUUCGCUAG